GACAUGCAGCCAGAUGUGACAUGCAGCCAGAUGUGAAAUGCAGCCAGAUGUGACAUACAGCCAGAUGUGACAUGCAGCAAGAUGUGACAUGCAGCAGCUGAACGACAUUCAGGUCUCUGCAGUUUUCAUUAUUAAUGAAUCUGUGCGUUGAAAUGCGGAGAAAAGCCUGAAACUGGAAACUGCUGAAGUCACUCAAACACUAAACAAGAACAAACUGCACUCAGCUCAGAAACUUUAAGGGCGUUUUCGCGCCUUGAGACUGAAGAUAGCGGCUGCACACGAUGCGCAGUUCAUGGCGCUAUCAGUCCCUGACUGCAGCGAAUGUUUACAGGAAGUAGCUCUGAGUUUUGUAAAAAGCAAAGUCCAGCAGCGGACUGUACGUGGCAGCAGACAGACAGACAGCUGAGUGUCUCACCUCACCCGCACAGUGAGACAGGAGAGAUAAGCGGGAGAGAGGCGGGCUGUCAGGCGGAGAGAAGCGGGCUGUCAGGCGGAGAGAAGCGGGCUGUCAGGCGGAGAGAAGCGGGAGAGAAGCGGGAGAGAAGCGGGAGAGAAGCGGGCUGUCAGGCGGAGAGAAGCGGGCUGUCAGGCGGAGAGAAGCGGGCUGUGGCCCGGCUGUCUGCUCCGGCCAUGCGGGGAGAGGAAAGAGUUUCUCCGCUGAAGAACUUCUUGGCUGGGGGAGUCGGUGGAGCCUGUCUGCUGCUGGCCGGACACCCGCUGGACACCAUCAAGGUGAGACUACAGACGCAGCCCAAAGCUUCCUGCACUCAGUAUGUGCUCUACACAGGAACAUAUGACUGCUUUCGCAAGACCAUAUCUAAAGAGGGGGUCCUGGGUCUGUAUAAAGGGAUGGGGGCUCCCCUGGCAGGUGUGGCUCCAAUGAUGGCCAUCAGUUUCUUUGGCUUCGGUUUGGGAAAACAGCUGCAGCAGAGAGAUGCAGGAACACCGCUGACGCACACUCAGCUCUUUCUGUCCGGCUGUCUGGCAGGAGUCUUCACUACAGUGAUCGUGGCUCCAGGAGAGAGAAUUAAAUGUUUACUGCAGGUGCAGGCAAGCAGCGGACAAUCGAAGUAUGCAGGUCCGCUGGACUGUGCGAUCCAGCUGUACAGGGAGCAGGGCCUCCGCAGCGUCUACAGAGGGACCGUACUCACGCUCAUCAGAGAUGUGCCUUCUACUGGUCUCUACUUCCUGACAUAUGAAUACCUCAAACACUUCCUGACUCCUGAGGGUCAAAGCGUUUCUCAGCUCAGCACUCCCAACAUCCUCCUGGCUGGAGGUGUUGCAGGGAUCCUGAACUGGAUGAUCGCUCUUCCACCUGAUGUCCUCAAAUCCAACUUUCAGACAGCUGCAGAUGGGAAGUACGCAGGUCUGGUGGACGUGCUGCGGACGCUGCUCAGAGAGGAAGGACCAUCAGGCCUCUAUAAGGGAUUCAACGCUGUGUUCCUGCGAGCGUUUCCUGCCAACGCGGCCUGUUUCUUGGGGUUUGAGGUGGCGGUAAAGGGACUGAACUGGAUCGCACCCGGCUGGUAAAACAUGUCCAUCAGAGGUCUCCAGUCUGAACCAGCAGCCUCCUCUGACCUGCUGUGUCACUUCUCAGGAUGCUCAACUGUUUUACUCUUAUAUGUAAUUUUACAUUUCAUGUUAUAAGUCAAUUUUAAAAAUUCAUCCCUUUGGAUCAAUAUUUUCAUUCACUUUUUGUGAGCAGGGAUGAAACGUAAACGCACAUUUUUGAUGUAUGAUUUCUUGGAUAUGGUGUAUUCAUUCAUCUUCUCACUUGUGUUUAUAAAGAAACUGUUUGUGAUGCUUUAAAACUCCGCCAACAGUCAGCAUUAUUGAUCCUCAGGUCAACAUGUUUAAGCUUUGUGAAUAAAUUGUUUUAUAUGAACCGUC